AUGUUUAUACCUGGAUCAAUUCCAACAAAUACAAACUUACCAACAAUAAUGAAUCAUAAUCUUCAUCAACAACAAUUUCUUUUUGAUAAUCUAAAAGAUCAUCGUUCAAAUAAAUUAUUAUCACCAAUGUCACGAAAAACAUCAGGAACAUCAAAUUUUUCACUUGAUCCUGAUUUAUUACGUGAAUUAAAUGCUCGAUAUUUACAUGAUAUAAAUUCAACACGAACUCCUAGUGGAACAAAUUCACCUAUAGAUGGAAAUGGUCUUCCAACAUUUCUCUUACCACCAUUUCUUCGUGCUGAACAUUAUCAUCAACAUACACAUACACAUGAACAUAAUUUAAAUAUUUUAACACCACCUAAUAAUUCAUUAUUAAACGGAAAUCUUAAUAAUUCAUUAUUAGAUAAAUUAUCAAAAUCAGACAAUAGUCUUUCACCAUUUCUACGUACAGCAAAUUUUUCUCCAUCAUCACUGUUGCCACCACCGCCGCCACCUCCAUCAGCAGCAGCAGCAGCAGUAUCAGCAGCUCCACCAAUAUUUCCACCAUUUAGUUUAGUUAAUAAUUCAACAGCAGCAUCAACUCCAAGUACGAAUAAUUCAACAAAAGAAGCAUCGUCACCUACAUCUAAAAAAUCUAGUAAAUGGUGUGCAGCACAUGUUCGAAUAUCUUGGAUGAUUUAUCAUCAACAACAACGUGCGAAAGAUAAAUUAUCUCCAUCGGAUAAUAAAAAAGAUGAAGAACAACAGCAACAGCAACAACAACAACAAUCAUCAUUAAAUCAUAAAUUACCCGAUCUUAUUACAAAUACAAAACCUCUUCUGCCACCACCACCGCCAUCAUCAUCAACCAGUGAUUUAUCUCUUCCAUUACCAUCAACAUAUCAAACACCACUUUUACCUCCAACAUCAUUUAAUUAUCGAUCACCAUUUGAUUUUACAAGUAUAAAUAAUGGACCAUUUGGUCGUGUACCUCCAUCAUCGAAUACUGCAUUUGGUGGUCUUGGAUCUUUAUUUCCACCACCACCUCCGCCGCCUCCUCCUUCUGCUCCACCCUCGUCGUCAUCAACAAUGGAUCGAAAAUCAGAUAUAAAUGGAUCAGUCGCAGCAGCUGCUGCACUUGGUCUUGAUUGGUCGCGAUUUCAUCGUGGUAUUGGACCAUCAUCAUUAAUUCCAUCUUUAGCACCACUUUCAUCUACCAAUGAUAAUUUAUCAUUAAAAAAACUUGACGAAACAAAUAAUUGUAAUAAUGAAAAUAAAAAACGAUCAUCAUCUGUACUUAAUAAUAAUGAAGAUGAUCGUCGUAAUUCUCAUCAUCAUUUAAUGCUUCCACCAUCACAUUUAACAAAUAAUAAUAAUAAUAAUUAUUCAUCAUUAAAUCGUUCUCGUUCACGUUCUCCACAUCCAACAUUACAUCAUCAUAAUCAUCAUUCAUCGAAUUUUUCAAAUAAAAAUUCAUCUUCUUCACCACCAUUACAUUCGUCUUCACGUAAACGUAAUUCACCAAAUGUUAAAUCAAAUAAUAAUAAUAAUAAUAAUAUAUCAGAUAGUUCGAAAACUUCACAUUCACUACCAGGUUUACCUCCAGUUUCACUUCCACCAACAUUUGGUGCUUUUGAUCCUUUAACAUUAUCAAUUAUUGAACGACAACGUUUAUCAGCUGCAUAUGCAUCUUUAUUUAAUAGUGCGACGAAUCCUCAAUCAAAUAAUUAUUUUCCAAAUAAUUUCGAUCCUUCACAAUUUCGUAAUAAUAAUAAUUCAUCGAAUAUUUUUCCAAAUCUUGAUUCAUCAGCGAUGACAGCAGCUUUAAUGCAACGUGAACAUUUUCUUAAUUCAUUACGUCAACAACAAGAACAAAUUAUGGAACGUGAACGUGCUGCUGCCAUAUCUUCAUUAAAUAAAAUAUCAAAACAACCGAAAAUUGAACAAUUAUCACCAAAAAUAAAUAUUGAAGAAACUCCUAAAGUAGCUACAUCGCCUGGAUCACAUUCUUCAACAUCCUCAUCAUCAUUAUCAUCGACAUCAUCAUCGAAAAAAAUCAAACGUGAAAAAGAUUCAUCAUCAUCAUCGCCACCAACAAUAGAAAAUUCGAAAAUAAAAUUAAAAGAAGAAUUACCUAAUGAAUCAACUUCAACAUAA